AUGAAAAAAAUUUUUCUGUAUGUAAUUUUUUUCUGUUGUUUUUAUCUUAAAUCUCAUGCUUUUGUUCUUAAGAAAAAUGAAGGUUCGAGAUUUAAAAGAAGUAUUGACUUAAUAUCAUCAUUAGAACAUGUAUCGGACGUUCGGUUACCCAGGGAUAUCACUCCUGUAAGUUAUGCUUUAGAAUUGCAACCAUUUAUUGAAGAAGGAGAAUUUCAAGGACAUGUAACAAUAAAUAUAACGGUUUUGGAAGAUACCGAUAAAAUUAUACUAAAUGCACAUCAAGAACUGGAAAUAUCUGAGGAUAUGCCGGAUACAAUUUCCGUUGACAAUAACAAUCACGAAUCGGUUUCAUUGAAAAUAAUUAAAACAGAAAGACAGUUAAACAAACAAUGGUAUAUAAUUCACGUAAUGGGAAGUUUAAAACGAGGGCAAAACUAUCAAGUGAAUUUAAAAUUUACCGGAGCACUUUUAACAAAUAGCAAAGAUGGAUUUUUCCAAGAAAGUUACGUACAUAAACAAUCGGGAGAAAAAAAGCAAUUUGUCGCGACUCAAUUUCGUCCAAAUCACGCGAGAAGAGUUUUUCCAUGUUUCGACGAACCUGCAUAUAAAGUUCCCUUCGAAAUUAAAAUUGCUAGAAAUCCUAAAAUGGUAGCCAUUUCAAAUAUGCCAGUUUUGCAAACUGAGCAAAGCAAUACGGAAAAUGAAUGGGUUUGGGAUCAUUUUCAAACGACUCCACCAAUUUCAACUUUUUCAUUAGCUGUUAUGAUAUCAGAUCUUCAACAAGUUCCAACUCCCAAAAACAAUGAUAAUAAAAAAGAAUAUGAUAAAGCCGUGAGAGUUUGGGGUCGAGAAGAUAUCAUACCAGCAUUGAAAAAUGCAGCAAAAUCAGCACCGAAAAUUUUAAAAGAACUCGAAUUGUAUUUUGAUAUGCCGUUACCAGUACCCAAAUUAGAUUUAAUUGCUCUUCCGGGAUACACAGCCAUUCCCGAUUCAACUUGGGGAGUUAUUUUUUUCAAGUUAGUGUUGGAAAAUAAUUCUAAACAAAGUGAUUUAACGACGGAGGAGCAUUUAGUUAGACACAUUGCCAAAGAAUUAGUUUAUCAAUGGGUGGGAAAUCUUAUCACACCUCAUUGGUGGAGCGAAGUACACCUUAAUAAAGCUCUUUGUAAUUUCAUCGCUUAUAUAAUUUCAUUGAGGAUAGAUUCUUCGAUGAUACAAAAUUCGGGACUUUGGACUAAAACUUAUCCUCUUUACUACGAAUACGGACGAAGUCAACCCUAUAAACAAUUACCAUCACAAAAACCUCCAAAAACCGUUACGAAAAGUGAACUCAUUCUCAGGAUGUUAAAUUACACAUUAUCUGAAAAUACGUUUCAAAAAGCCAUUCAACAAUUGAUCAAAGAAAGGAAACACAAAACAUUUACACAAGAUGACGUAUGGAAUUCUUUAACCGAACGUGCUGGAGUCGAUGGAACUUUACCAGACCCCGUCACUAUAACUCAAGUUGCAAAUUCUUGGAUAAAUAAAGAAAGGUUGCCAUUGGUUGAUUUUAUAAGAAAUUACGAAAAUAAUUCGGCGGAAGUAACUCAGUCGGUUUUCAUUCGAGAUCACGCAGAUGAAAAUACGACAAACGUUGAUGAAAAUCUAACAUGGAUGAUACCAUUAAUCGUUGUCAGACAAAACAAUUUGAAUUUUUCCCAAAUGAAACCCGUUGCCUGGAUGAAAGAUGAAAAAAAAAUUAUCGUUAAUAAUUUACCAUCUUCGAAUUAUUUCGUCAUCGUCAAUCCGGAAGAAAUUGGGCCAUUCAUUGUUAAUUACGAUUCAUAUAAUUGGCAAUUGCUUUCGUAUUUUCUGGAAAAAUUUGCCGCCAACGGUCAAAUACCACCUGCAACAAGAGCCAAAUUAAUACACGAUUCUUUAAAUUUGGCAUACGCUGGAAAAUUAAAAUUUGACGUGGCACUAAUCUUAACGAGAUUUUUAUACAACGAAAAAGAUCCAAUCUUUCCCGAACCUGAUGCGGGAAUACCUAUUUCACAAUCUCAUUUCUGUUGGGUUUUUAAAUGGGGAACCAAAGAAGAAUGGGAAUUCGGAUUGGAAAGAUAUUUUAAAUAUUCUCCCAGUUUAAAACAAGCAGAUCGAUAUUAUUUAUUAAAAACAUUAGUGAGCUGUCCAACGAAACCUUGGAACGUCGAAAAACUUUUAAAUAUGACGAUGUUGGAUCCGAAUUCGACAAUAACCGAUGGCAACGUUAGAUUUAUUCUUAGCGUUUUAUCUAAUCAAGCUGGUUACACGGCUUUAUUUAAUUUACUGUCGGAAAAUUGGAAUAUGCUUAGAACCAGGUACAGCAAUAAAGAAAAUGGUCUUUGGGAUAAUUUAGUUAGCGCAGCAACGAGAAAUUUUAAAAAUCAAGAUGGUUUCGACAUGGUAUCUGAUUUAUACGUACGUCAUCAGGGUGAAUUCGGUACGGCCGAACCUGUUAUCGAACAAUCGUUAAAACACAUAAAAAAAGAAGUUAAAUGGAACGAAGAAAAUUUACCCGUCAUUGAUCAAUGGUUGAAUAAUUAUUUAUCAAUUAAUGAUAGCGAAACGAAAACGUCUGAGAUUAUCAUGUAA